CCUCUCACUCUCUCUCUCUCUCUACCCUUGUCUCAUCAAUAACACUGUCCCUUGCUCAAAGAUUCCAAUUCCCAGCACCAAAAUCAAUUCACCAGAAAGGGAUGUUUCCACGCUUCGAUUCAAUCAUGUCCCAACCUUCAAAGAAAGAUAUUGGGAAAUACUAAGAAACAUCAGUCUUGAAAAUUCAAACAAAAAGGGUUUGGUUUUCUCCUACAACUUCAUGUCCCAAAGCUUCCAGCAAAGUAUCUACAGCUUUCCAAAUGCAUACGAACGAUCCGCGGCUGCGAACGAGUGGGUGAUGAGAGAGCAAGGCGGCGGCUUUGAGGCACCGCCGCCGCCGGUGUUCGAUGCCGGAGGGAUGCUGACAGAGAUUAUGAACCGUCCGUGGCAGAAACCCGGCGGCGGCGGAGCCACGGAAGAUCAGAUCCAGCCCAGCCACAAACACCACCUCUCAGCUCUAGCUGAUAAUGAACUAUCAUUCACGAAUCCACAAGUUAAACCCUCUAAUCUAGAAGGGUUUCACUUAAUCAGCCCUAUUAAUCCAGUUUCCGACAUGCAGCCGCCGCCGUCUCAGAUGAGUUGGAUCGGCGGUGGGGGCCACGAGGCGGAGGGACAAGGCCUCUCUUUGUCUCUCUCCUCUUUGCGGAAUUUGGAAGCCAACAAAUUCGAAAAAAUGAAUGUGGGAAACGGGGAAUUAUACUUCCAUGGAAGCAAUUCUUAUCCAUUGGGAGAUCCGAUGAUGUUUGGGGCUCACGAAAAUCAGAUUCAUUUGGGGUAUGUGGAAUCUUCAAGAAGCACGACGUUGCUCAGGAAUUCUUUGUAUUCGAAGGCUGCGCAAGAAUUGCUGAUGGAAUUCUGCAGUGUGGGGAAUGGGAGAGAGAAUCGGAUUGUGAAGAAACAAGGCAGAAACCCUAAUUUGGCAUCCGAUGAUAACGGCGGUGAUGUGUCUUCUUCAAAUCACCACUCCUUAUCCCCUUCUGAGAGAACUGAGUACCAAAGAAGAAAAAUUAAGCUUCUCUCCAUGCUCGAUGAGGUGGAUGAGAGAUACAUGAAAUACAGCGAGCAGAUGCAGGCGAUGGUGAACUCAUUCGACGCCGUGGCGGGGGAAGGCGCAGCCGCGGCGUACACGGGGCUAGCGCGGCGGGCGAUGUCGCAGCACUUCCGGAGCAUGAAGGACGCGGUGGAGUGCGAGGUGAAGGAAUGCUUGACGGCGCUGGGUGAGAAGGAGGUGGGGAUCACAAAGGGGGAGACACCGCGGCUGAAGGCAGUGGAGCAGAAGUAUCGGCGCCAGAAAGCCCUUCAGCUGCAGCAUAUGGGGAUGGGGACGAUGGAUCACGACUCGUGGCGACUCUUAAAGAUGGUAAUCGAGAGAGGCGAUAAGGUGGGGCCGCCGGUGGUAUGGUUACCUUCUGUCCAAGCCCGAGCGACCGCGGCUGACGCCGUUGCUGUUUCUUCGUUAUUUCCGUUGCUGUUCGUCGGACGGUUAAUCCCCGUCGGUUUCGGCUUGUUGGAGCUGCCCGCUAUGUUGACGGCGUUGGUAGCUCGGUCGCCGAUUGCUGAUGCCGCCGUCGCCCUGCCUCCUCCAUUUCGGUUCCGAUUCUGUUUCGAUUUCUUCAUGUCUUCCCACCAAUCGGGAAAUCCGUGGAGAUGGAAGCAUGUUUCAGCGGUAUGUUUCUUCCCUCCACAGUGGUUGCAUGUUAAUCUGCUCUUGUCUGCGUUUUGGUGGAAUUUGGGCGGCGGUGGUCUGCUCCGGUCGAUUGCUGCUAAUCCGGCACCGAUUCCUGUUUCUUGUGAGUCGCCUGUGGGUUUGAGAACCCGUUCAUUGGCUGAUUCACGCCUAACCAUUGCAUAUGCGUUUCUUACUGUGGGUACCGGCUCUUUGUUUAAGAUCUCCCUCUUUAUGGUAUCGAUUCGGAUCCCUUUCAUCGAUAGAGAUCCAGAGGCUUUGAAACUUGUUCCACAGGCAUUCGAGACUCAUGUUUCCUUGCUUCAUGUUGUUUUAAAAAAGGCCGGGAAAGGUAUAUCCGGGACGCGACCGCAGCGGGGACUGCCGGACCGGUCCGUCACCAUUUUGAGGGCGUGGCUCUUCGAGCAUUUCCUCCAUCCGUAUCCAACUGAAGCAGACAAACAUUUGCUGUCUAGACAGACAGGUUUAUCGAAAAAUCAGGUAUCAAAUUGGUUUAUAAAUGCUAGGGUUCGACUGUGGAAGCCAAUGGUGGAAGAAAUGUACCAACAAGAAUUCAAAGAAGCUGCUGCAGCCAAUGAUGCAGAAACCAUUGCACCAAAAAGGGACCCUUCAGAAACCACCUCAUCCGCCGGUGGAAAUGCGGCUGCCGGAGAAGUUUCGCUUACUUUGGGACUCCGGCGUUCCGAAAAUGUGCCAAUUAUGAGCCAUCUCUCAGUUAGGGAUUUCGGGGCUUAUGAAUAACUGCCAAUUAUUGAGUUUUUGAAAAGCGUCGAAAUUUAACUGUAUGUCACGUUACUUACUGUUUCUAUAAAGGUAUAAAGUGAGUGUAAUAAGGAGAAAUUGUAUAGAUAGAGGUGACUGGUGAGAUGAAAUGAUUUUGCACUUAUGGUAUGGAUAUCUAUAUAACUUUUUCUA